CAUUGGUCGAUAACUACUAGUAGGAGUAUCUACUCUCGUAUUUAUUUCCGCUCAGAAGACUGUUGUGUGGGGAAGCCCAACCCUAUACCUCACAAUGGACUCCUCAUAUCAUACAUCGCACAGUAGCUCCGAGCAUCAAAAAUAUGCCUCUGUUGAUUAUAGGCGCAAACGGACAUGGAGUGUCUCGUGCUCUUCCAUAACCUCCCAGUUGUCUACGGCAUCACGAUUUCCCAAAAAGCUUUAUGAUCCAUCCCCUGCUGAGGUCGUUCAAGGCGACCUCCAAGCUCAUGGUUCAUUUACCACCACCGUACCAGCGGUCUUCUGGCUCCGCUCGUAUUUUUCUAUCCCAUCCAAGCCACACGGAAAGCAGCUGGACACGGGGUGGGCGAACGAGUACAACUUUGAACUGCCCGAUUCCCCUCGAUCGCGGUCUCGCUCACCUGUUCGCCCAUCUAUAAGUUGCACGUCCUCUAUGAACUCAACCUUUGGUGAACAACUCAUAUCUGGUUUAUCCUCCCAUGACUCCCCGCCUGCAUCACCUCUCGGGGAAAAUAUCUCUACACUCUGUCCCAUUCUUGAAGCUAUCGAGAAUGCCUCGAAGCUGUCGUGCCGCACUGUGUGCGUCACAUGUUUAAAAACAGGCAGGGACUUCCCGCACUGUCCCCGAUGUGGUGAUGUGUGGUGUUCCAGGGGAUGUAGAAUGCAGGGAGGGAAGAGACACGUCUGUAGAACGUGAUUCCCUCUAUGGUCUCUUACAAUGAAUACCGUCGCUAUCCAUCUUUUCUUCAAAAUGCUUUCCACAACGUUUGCUGCCCAUAUACCAAGACAAGUUUCACAGCGAUCCUUUACGCACGCAUCAUGCCUCUGGAUACUUCGUUACGCACGCGUCAUGCUUCUAGGCAACUUCUUUUUAUUUAUGCAAGUGUCAUACGCUUCAACUAGCUUUCUUUGAUACAUGCGUAGCGCCAACUGAA